AGUUGGGUCUGUGUGGUGGAGGCGCGAGCGGCGAAGCUAAGCCGCGGGGCGAUGGCCGGCUGUGGGCGAUGACCAGGCUUCUGGCCGUGGCGCGCAGCGUUGCUUUGGCCGCCGUGCGCUGCAGCACCUGCGGCCGCAGCGGCCUCAGCAUGUUUUAUGCCGUGAGGAGGGGCCGCAAGGUCGGGGUCUUCCAGACCUGGAGCGAAUGCAGAGCGCAGGUGGACCGCUUCCCGGCCGCGCGCUUUAAGAAGUUUGCCACGGAGGAGGAGGCCUGGGCCUUCGUCGGGAAGCCCGCCGGCCCGGGCGGCGCGGAAGGGACAGAAAAUAAGCAUGAACAAGAAUCACAAGUGAAAGCCAACAAGCGACUCCGUGAGCCCUUGGAUGGAGAUGAAAACGCAGAGCCCUGUGCAAAGCAGGCGAGACAGACCAUAGGAUCCGUGCCUUCGGUUGACAAAAGCACAUUUUCUUACAUGGGAGAAUUUGUUGUCGUCUACACUGAUGGCUGCUGCUCCAGUAACGGGCGGAGGAGGGCACGAGCAGGCAUCGGUGUUUACUGGGGGCCCGGCCAUCCUUUGAACAUAGGCAUUAGGCUUCCCGGGCGGCAGACCAACCAAAGAGCAGAAAUUCAUGCAGCCUGCAAAGCCAUCGAGCAAGCAAAGGCUCAAAACAUCAAGAAGCUGGUUCUGUAUACGGACAGUAUGUUUACUAUAAAUGGUAUCACUAAUUGGGUUCAAGGCUGGAAGAAGAACGGGUGGAAGACGAGCACGGGGAAGGAGGUGAUCAACAAGGAGGACUUCGUGGCGCUGGAGCAGCUCACCCAGGGCAUGGACAUCCAGUGGAUGCAUGUUCCUGGUCAUUCGGGAUUUGUAGGCAAUGAAGAGGCGGACAGAUUAGCACGAGAAGGAGCAAAGCGGUCUGAGGACUGAGCGAGGUCGUUGUGAUUCUUGGACAACUUGACUUUAUGGAGGUGCGCUCGACGGACAGCAGAUGGCACGUGUGUAAAGCGGACCUUGGAUUCCGCGGUGAAGCCCCCGCAGGAGCUGCCUGUCCCCUCCCAGGCAUCUCUCACACUACCUUGAAAUCCUUCCGUCCCGGACCCCAUCCUCGGGCGACCACCAGUCUGCUUCCUGUCUCUAUAGAAAUUUGUAUUUUCUAAGGUAUUUAUAUAAACGGAGUCCUACUGUAUAAACUC